UUGCUCUUAUUAUAGCAACAGCCAAGAUGGCGAGGCUGCUAAGAGCCCCGACGUUUGGCUUGAGUAAAAGGACACGAACUAUAGUUUUAGCGUGUUUAGUUUUAUGUUUGUGCUACGUUUUAUUCUUAUAUGUAUCAAUACCAACCCCUGCUGAUGUUAGGCGGAGUUAUGAGAACAAUGUCAACAAUUUCAAGUCAUUUGCGCAUCAGAAGUACGAGGGCCUCAAAAAUAAAACCAUGGCCGCGAAAGACAAAAUAAAUAAAAAUGUACAAGCACAUAAGGAGCUGGCUGAGAAAGCAUUACAGAUAAGCUUUGGCAAAAACUAUUCCAAUGUCUUCCAGGAAAAAUAUGAAAAACUCCAGGACAAGGCUCAGCAAAUAAAGGACCACGUGAACCUUGUAAAAGAGGCAGUCGCUAAUAAAACAUAUGAAAAAUUAAAUCAGUAUGGAGUUAUCCCAGCUAUAGAACAUGUAAAGAAAAAGAUCAACGCAACAGGGAGGCUACAAAUAGACAUCUCAGAAUCAACAGCCAAGCAGUUCAUAAGCGGCAUCUCCAUGAUGAAUAAAGACAACAUUGUCACUAUUCAGAGGACAGAUGCAUUAAAUCACACAUACAACCAAUAUGUAGUAUCAAUGCCUCCAAAGACAAACAGUUGUAAAUGUGUCCAUGUAAACUGUCAGUGUUGUAGGGGUAUUGAAGUGCCCAAGCUGCGUCUGGAUGUAUCAGCAUGUGUAAAUUUUACAUAUGUAUCAAGACUUCGAGUGCCACAGCUGAACCUGACAUUAUUGAUGGACAAAGCUGUAAAGACGGGAUCUUUGAUAUCUGCUCACGACCCUCCUGAAGUCUGCAUGAGUACAGUGUACAAGGCUGCCGAGUUCUGUAUGGAGUUCUACAACUCUACCUUAACAGUCAACAAACACGAUGACCACAAGACCACGUUCACUGGCUGUGUCCAGUUUAACCUUAAUCUCCUGUCAGUGUGGACACUGCAGUUCCCCAUGGACUGUUUCAAGAUCCCCCAAGACGAGCCUGAUCAUGGAGUUGUCUUGAAGCAGAAGCAUUUUUUGCCCUGAGUUGCCAUGGAAACUGUCAUUUUACUUGGCACUGUUUUAAGAUUUCCCUUGGAUUAUUGUUGAAAAUUACCGUGGGCUUGGAGAUCCAACAAGGAAAAACUUUUGGUCACAUCUGCCAUUUUUCAUCACUUUCCAGGUGUUGAUAUGUUCACUGUUCAAGAGAGGCCAGACUCUAGGUCUGUGAAAAGAGUUUCAAGCUUAUGAUGUCCAGAAUUGUUUUCUCUAGUAAUGGUUUAAAUAUGGGAAGAUAUGGCAUAUGUGUUUCCACUCUGGUUUGAAUAUGGUGUAGAAGUAAGAUAACUAAAUUACAGGUUGGUCUUUAUGGAGAGACCAAUCUCUUCCAAUUCCAGCAAGCCAUGUAUACUUUUACCAGAAUCCUCAAUUCAGCAGCAAGACAGCAUAGAGGAUUAAAUAAGAAUGAGAUUUUUCCACUAUUGGCAGAUUUCCAAGGGGAGUCAAAAAUAUCAUUGGCCUGAGUAGCCCCCUGGACCCCACGCCAUAUUUUUUUUUUCGCCCUUUUCACUGAAUGGCAGGCUUGCCCCAGGUUAUAUGCUCAAUCUGUCCAUUUAUUCUUGAAAAUACUUUUUGAGUCAACUGUUAUUUGAUCCAAGUUUCUAUUAUUAUUAUUAUUAUUAUUAUAUUUUUAUUAUUAUUAAUUUUUUUUUUCAUUUUAACAUGCAUUUAAAGGGCGGUUUUCUUUAACUUAAGCACAACAUUAAGAGGGGUUUAUUCUUAGUAUAUCUUAUGUGUUAAGGUGAUUAUUUUGUCAUAUUAGUUUGAUUCUGUGAUAUUGCAUGUGGGAUUUCAGUUUAAAGUUUUGUUAUGUAGCCUUUUUUACCAUUGAAUGUAUUUAUGUUGCUGUGUAUUUCUUUUAUUAUACUUAUUUUUCUUUUAUUUUCAGUGUUUUUUGUAUUGAAUAUAUCUUGCUAUGCUCUACAUCUUCAUUUUCAUACUUCACCUUGCUAAAGGCAGUGUUAUAGGUUUCAUACAUUUCUUCAUUCUAUUAUUACUAGUUCCUUUUAACCUCUAUGUAGGACCAUAUAGGUAACUACAAAUAGUCAGAGACCACACCCGCUCUGCUAAUGCAGCUCAAGUUUCAUUACUAAUAAUUUAAUUGUAAUGUUAUAUCAUCUCCAAUUUAUAAUCAGUUCCAUGUUUGCCCAUUUUUGGCAUAUCCUGAAAAUUUUAACAAAAUCUGUUCAUAAAUUUUUGAGUUACCAACAAAGGCAAAAUUAUAACCCCCUUGUCAUUGGUGCUUGUUCUAGAUUGUGCAGCUUAUCCCACUGCUUGAAGUGAAAGGGACCAUUCUCAUAAUCCUGUCAUACUAGCUGGAUUGAUCUAACUACCCGGGGAUUCUCACUAAAUUGCAUUCAGUUUAAGUUACCUAUAUGUCUGGCAUGCCCCCUUGUAACUUAAAGUACUGAAGUAAAGUUGGGAAAACUCUGUGGUCCAUGAUGCUGUUCAUAUUGCUUAGCGAUGGGGCGUGCCAGGCAGUUAAGCUGAUUUUAUUGACUUCCCCAUACAGGCCUACCCAACUACCAGA